AUGGAACUAGUGAAAGUAUUACCAUCCAUUUUUAAAGCAGCUAAGACUAUUUAUGACAUCAGCAAGCAAGUCAAGGCUAACAAAAAUCAAUGUCAACGUUUGAGUGAACGAGUACAAUGUGUUGUUGCUAUUCUUAAAGAUGGUUCAUUAGACGAUUCAAAUAUAGCAUCAAUGGAAACAGCAUUGCGAAGUUUAGAAGAAACAUUGCAAGAAAGUGUCAAUUUUGUACAAGAAUUUACUGAUAGUUCUAUAAUCAGUCGAAUUUUACACAAUUCUGAUCAUCAAGACAAAUUCGAAGAACUUACUACACGAUUAUCAUAUAAUGCAAUUGAUCUUCAUUUAGCCUUAAAUAUUAAUUCGAUAUUUGAUCAACAACAAGAUAUAUUCGAUCGUCAAGCAGAUCUUGCUGAAAUAUCAUCUAAAAUUGAUGAACUUGCUUUGGAAAUGGUUAAACAACAAGAAGUAACACUUAAACAAAAUAAGAAUAUAAAAGAUGAAUUUAAAAAACGAUUUGAUUCAUUCAAAUAUAAUCUUCGUCAAGAUAUACUUAAGGCUCAAAAAGGUAUUGAAGCAAAAAUAAUUGAAGAAGAAUCGAAACUUUUUCUACAUAUCCCAUAUCAUGAUUUAUUAUUUGAAGAACAAAUUGGUCAAGGAGGUUUUGCUGAUGUUUAUAAGGGUCAAUGGCUUAGUCAACAUCAUCAAGUAGCUAUUAAAACAAUUCGUAUUACCUAUUUAACAGAUAAUAUAAAACAAAGUGUACUAAAUGAAAUUGCUACUAUGUAUAAGAUUCGUUAUAAUCAUGUACUUGGUGUUUUUGGAGCUUGUAUAGAACCAAAUAAUUAUGCACUUGUUCUUGAAUAUAUGUCACUUGGAUCAUUAUUUGAUGUAUUACAAAAAAAUGAACAUAUUAAUUCUUGGGAAGAUCGUUGGUCAAUUGCAUUACAGAUGGCGAAAGGUGUUAAUUAUUUACAUUCUAUGUCAAUUCUUCAUUGUGAUAUUAAAUCGUUAAAUUUUCUUAUGGAAAAAGCAAUUGAUGGUUAUCUUGUUAAGAUUAGUGAUUUUGGUUUAGCAAAAAUACGGCAAGAAACAAGUCGACAGACAAGUGAACAGGCUCAACAAUUAGUAGAAUCACGAGGAACACUUCAAUGGAAAGCACCUGAAUUAUUAAAAUUCGGUAAACCAUCGCAAGCUAGUGAUAUCUAUAGUUUGGGUAUUGUCUUAUGGGAAUUAGCUACUAGAUGUAUACCCUAUGACGGGGUAGAUGAAGCAGUUAUUUGCCAAGGUGUCAAAGCUGGAGAAAGACUUGAGAUUCCUCAAGAUAUUCCAUCAACUUUUGCAUCAAUUAUUUUACAUGCAUGGAGCCAAGAACCAAACAAACGACCAACUGCUCUAGCACUCAUUCAAGAGAUAAAAACUUUUAUAUCAAACACAGUAGAGAAAUCAACUACACCUAAGAUUUCGUUAGCACAAGCUCAGCCAAAUGACAAAGAUCCAAUAAAAGCAGAAGCUAUUCUAGUAGCAAAUGAAUUGUACACUAGUCAUAAUCCAAAACUUGAACCUUUAAUCAGUCAAUUUCAGUCUUGUUCAUCGAUGAAUUUAAGUAAACAACAUUUGACCGAUUCAGAUAUGGAUAUUGUAAUCCAACAAGCAAUCGUCAAUAAACAAUGCACUAAUCUGUGGUUAGAAUGCAACAAGAUUACAUCAAAAGGUGCUUCAAUACUUGCCAAUGCAUUGUAUAAUAACACAACGUUGUGUGAACUUUGGCUCUAUGGUAAUCAAAUAUCUGAUACAGGUGUACAUUAUCUAGCAACAGUACUCGCAAUUAAUACAACUUUAAAAAAACUUGGUCUUGCUUUUAACAAUAUCACAAAUGCAGGUGUAUCUCAUUUAGUUGAAAUGCUGAAGAAAAAUCAUACAUUGAUUAUGUUAGGACUUGCCAUGAAUAAAAUAGGUAAUCAAGGAGUACAAGCAUUGGCAAAUACAAUUACUCAUCAAAAUAUUAGUCUUGAAAUCUUAACACUUGAUCGAAAUGAAUUUAUUAGCGACUCAAGUAUCGAUGCUCUUGUCAAUAUGAUCAAACAGAAUCAAUCAAUGAAGGAGCUAUGGAUAAAUGACUGUAAUCUAUCUGAAAAAGGAAAAAAGAAAUUCAGAGAAAAGAUUGCAUUUAAAAAAGACUUCAAACUAGUAACUACGUAUGAACGUUCUUCAUGA